UUCGUUGUGAGCUCAAGUGAUGGUCAUUGAGUGGAUACGUCGUGCACGCAUCUCGAGAAUCAUUUCCAACUUGCUCACGCCAAGUCACUGGCCAACAAGCCUGAAAAGGGCUCUGGAAUGCCACCAUGGUCUGGGAACAAAUUGAGCCUACGCCUCCGCACAUCACAUACUUACUGCUAUCAACCUUCUUGAUAUUCUAUGUUCUAUUCACGAACUUUUGGCGAAAUCGCCUACAUUUGAGCGAACCACCCAUUGCACUGAUCUUCGGCAUAGUCUUGGGCCCUUUUGCACUCGGAUGGCUCACACCGAAUUUCUGCAGACAUGGAGAAUGUAUAGAGAACGCAGGUCAGCAGGGAUGGGGAUGGGGAGACGGAGUCGUCCAAGAGAUCACUCGUAUCAUCGUUGGUAUACAAGUCUUCGCUGUCGGCGUUGAACUUCCCAAGUUCUACUUUGGUCGCCACUGGAAAUCCGUCACCAUGAUGCUUGGUCCCGUCAUGACCUUUGGCUGGAUUAUCUGCGCGUUUUUCUGCUGGGCAAUCUUCAAACUAGACAUUCCGACAUCGAUGGUGAUUUCGGCAUGUCUUUCUCCCACCGAUCCGGUCCUGGCCGCUUCCAUUCUUUCCAACAGCCAAUUUAGUACUCGUGUACCGAAGAGACUGCGUGAUAUGCUGGGCGCCGAAUCUGGCUGCAACGAUGGCAUCUCAUUCCCAUUUCUCUACAUCGGCUUGUACCUGCUCGCGGAACGCACUGCCGUUGGAGCUCUCAAAGACUGGUUUACCCUCACCCUGCUCUGGCAAUGUCUUUUUGGAACAGUCCUAGGCCUUGUCAUUGGACUGACGUUCAACUGGAUCCUUCGCUUCAGUGAUGCAAGAGGCUUCAUCGACAAAGCUGGCUUCACAGUCUUCUACCUUCUGCUGGCACUUUUCUGCAUUGGAGUGGGCUCCACUCUAAACGUGGACGACUUUCUGGUUGCUUUCGGCGCAGGAUACGGUUUCGCCAGAGACGGCUGGUUUGCUAGAAAGACCAGGGAAGCAAAUCUGCCUCAUAUCAUCGAUGUGCUGCUCAAUUCGUCGAUGUUCUUCUAUCUGGGCACCAUAAUACCAUUUGGAGCGUAUGGCGAUCUGCUGACGACACCAUGGAUCACACCGGGAAGACUUGUGGGUUUCUUAAUAUGUGUCCUGUUAUUCCGUCGCAUUCCAAUUGUAAUGGCCGCCUACCGCUGGAUUCCAGAUAUCAAGACCCUACGAGAAGCAGUUUUCUGUGGCCAUUUCGGCCCCAUGGGUCUGGGCGGCUUGUUUCUGGCGAUUGAAGCUAGGGCCGUGCUAGAGACUGGAACCAGCACACCGUCCUCGCACCCACCUGUCUAUCACGACCCUUUGACUUCGAAAGAAAAGGCCAUCGAAUCAGUCUGGCCAAUUGUCAGCUUUAUCGUGCUUGGCAGUACCGUUGUGCAUGGCCUCAGUGUUUUGAUAGUCAGCCUGUGGUCCCAUGUCCGAAGGAACAAAUCAAAUCAAGCAGGAAUUAUAGCGGCAGAAACGGAUCCAUUGACGGGAAUGGAGCACGAUGAGGGUGAUGGUGACAGUGCACCGAGUGAGACUGAAAGCGAGCAUGAGCAGCCGUGAAGCAGCUUGGAUCCAGCAGAAUUCAUCACGGCAACACAGACGCUUUCCAAACGUUGUACACCAGGAAAGAUCACGAAGCCCUCAUUAGCGCAACUGGAAUCGUGAAGCCGCCAUCGAUGAUGAAUCAUCAUCUCCAACCCGGCGUGCCUCCGACUCCUCCAAGAUUGGUAUAACCUGCAGCUUGAAGGUGUCCGGAGAUCAUUGAAUCAAGUGGAUUCCAAACCACGUUUGAAAAGCUCUCCGAGGAUGAAAUGCGCUGCGGGAAAGACGGGAGCUUUCAGCAUACCGACGAGGAAUCGAAUUGCGGUUACGAAAGGGGUUUAUGUUACUGACAACAGACUUCGUGAUCGAAUUUAUCUGGACACCACGGAAGGAUCAAGGCAACAAGAGACUGGCUUUGCGCUUCGCUCACUGAGCACCGCAAUUUAGACAAGAGCUAGGCUGGAUGGUCAUGCACAAAUUCAUAGAGAUUACGCUAUAUAUAUCUGUCCUGGCUUUGUACACUCUUCAGCCACCACCUUUGCAGCUCAUCUGGGUAUCUCAUCAAUGUCAGUCAUCAAACACCG